ACAGUACACAACGUCCAUUGCCCAGUGCUGAGCUGUGAAAAGGCGCAUGGGAACACGACCUCACUUCCUCUCUACAUUUCCUUUUGUGACAUCAUCGUCCUCAUGACCACCUAGCUACACUUUCCCACUUAUGGAUUACUCUUCUACCUUUGCGAAAACCCUUAUCUGGGUUGGCUUUCCUAUAUCGAGUGUCCAACGUCUUUAAAUCACUGACGAAAAAUAAUUUGAGGAUCAUGGGAUUUUUUUCCUUCGCUUAAUCUUUCAUGAAACAAAACAAAACACUUCAUCGAUAUGAGUAGUGGCAGAGACCACAGAGCCAAACAGGGCAAACUCUGAAAGGGACUAAAAUCCUUGAGUCCCGUUCCUCCCCUUUGGAAGAGAGGAGGGCUUGCAAAAAAAGGCGGGAAAAUGCAAGCGGACAACCUUUUCAACAAGAAACUCCAGGCCCUGAACGGAGGAGGUGGUGGCGGUAACAUGGGGCCACCCAUCAACACCACCACCGGUGGCGGUGGCGGCGGCGGCGUGCAGGGUAGCACCCCCGCCAUGCCCAAGAUGGGGGUCCGCGCCCGUGUCUCGGACUGGCCCGGACGGAAGGACAUCGCCGGGGACAACAGGCCACCACCCCGCUAUGACAGCCUGGUCACCAGCUUCCCCAGCGUACCCCCUCCCCCUCCCCCACCACCCCCCGGCCAGCUCUCGGAGGCGGCCAUGUUGAAGCAAAGCCAGGCCUCCCUCAUCUCCGCCGCCAACUUCCUGGAGACCAAAUACGGUCUGACGGACCUCCUCCACCUCAACAGCGCCGCCUCGCCGUACAAGCCCGGCUUCAACCCGCUGCGCCAGAGGAGCAACAGCGACGUCACCAUCUCGGACAUCGGGGCGGAGGACGUCCUCCACGACCAGUCCACGGCGGUGAACCCCAACACGGGAGCCGCGCUGCACAGGGAGUACGGGAGCACCUCGUCCCUUGAUCGGCAGAGCAUCUCGGGGCAAGGGUUCUCCGCCGGGUCGACUGCUGGGGUGGUGAGGCCACAGAAUCCGGAUCUUGGGGCUCCCUCGGAGCUGCCAAGCGCCCCUCCUCCAUCACAGGUGCUGCCGGAGCUGUUGCACUACACGGCUCCGCCUCCCCCGACCACCACGCUGUCCCCUGCCCUGCAGACGGCCGCCCAGAUCGCCCGCGGCGACAUCAUCUGCAUCUCCAACCUGGACUACGUGGACCCCUCGCUCUUCUACAGCCGGGAGCGCGAGCGCUCCAUGCUCCAGCGCCAGAAGUCCGAGAAGAGCGAGCCUUCCGGGUUGUUCCGGCGCCUCCGCACCAUGAAGGGCGACUCCGGCGCCGGGGCCGGCGAUCGGCAACGGCAACAGGUGGCAGAGCAGGACGAGGUGGCUCGGCUGCUGGGUCGCCCGCAGAGCUUCCAGAAGUGCUUCGCCCACCACGACGUCCAGUCCGUGCUCUUUAACAUCAGCGAGGCGGCGGCCAACCGCGCUACUAACUACGCCCGCCGACGCAACGUCAGCACCGGCGCCUCGGCCGCAUCCCAGCACCUCCCCGGCAGCGCCAUCCUCAUCGGAGGAGGAAGUGGAGGAAGCACCGGCGGAGGCUCCAGCGACGGCAGCGCCGACCCACUUCCUGGUUGCGACUCCCCGCUAGGAAGUUGCGAAGACCUGGGCCAGAAGAUGGCCGGCUCCGGCUCGGACCCGGACGAAGGCGACGGCAAGAGCAAUGGUCUGGUGCUCGGGUGCCCGUACUUCCGCAACGAGACGGGCGGCGAAGUGGAGCGCAGGCUGGGCGUGACGCGGUCCAACAGCGCCAACUUCAGCGACGGAGGCGGCGAAUACAGCCUGGAGGCCACCAUCAGCUCCCAUUGCACCAACGCCGGGGUGUCGGUGCUGGAGGUGACGCGCGAGAACUACCCCCUCACGCGGGAGAUGGUCAAGCGGUAUAACUUUGAGCAUGUCGACCAAGGGGCGUACUACUAUCACAAGUACUUCUACAAUAAAGAGCACCAGAACUACUUUGGGGUGGAUGAGAACCUGGGACCCGUGGCCCUGAGCAUCCGUAGAGAGCGGCUGGAGGACAGCACCAGGGACGGGGCCCAGUACAACUACCGGAUCAUCUUCAGAACCAGCGAGCUGACCACCCUGCGAGGCGGCAUCCUGGAGGAUGCGGUGCCCUCCACGGCCAAGCACGGCACCAACCGCGGCCUGCCCCUGAAGGAGGUGCUGGAGUACGUGGUGCCCGAGCUCAACACCCCCUGCCUGCGCCUGGCACACAGCUCGCCCAAGGUGCCCGACCAGCUGCUCAAGCUGGACCAGCAAGGGUUGAGUUUCCAGCACAAGAUCGGCAUCCUGUACUGCAAAGCGGGCCAGAGUACGGAGGAGGAGAUGUACAACAACGAGAGCGCCGGCCCCGCGCUGGAGGAGUUCCUGGAGCUGCUGGGGCAGAGAGUCAGGCUGAAGGGCUUCACCAAGUACCGCGCACAGCUGGACAACAAGACUGACUCCACUGGUACCCACUCGCUGUAUACGGCCUAUAAGGAUUAUGAGCUGAUGUUCCACGUCUCCACCAUGCUGCCCCACACGCCCAACAACAGACAACAGCUGUUGAGGAAGAGGCACAUCGGCAACGACAUAGUGACCGUCAUCUUCCAGGAGCCGGGCGCCCAGCCCUUCACGCCCAAGAACAUCCGAUCUCAUUUCCAGCACGUCUUCAUCAUCGUACGAGCACACAACCCCUGCACUGAGAACGUCUCUUACAGUGUGGCCGUGUCUCGCUCCAAAGACGUCCCGGCGUUCGGGCCGCCCAUCCCCAAGGGCGUCGUCUUCCCCAAGUCGGCCGUCUUCAGGGACUUCCUGCUCACCAAGGCCAUCAACGCUGAGAACGCUGCACACAAGUCGGAGAAGUUCCGUGCCAUGGCGACGCGCACGCGCCAGGAGUACCUGAAGGACCUGGCGGAGAACUUCGCCACCUCCACGCCGCUGGACUCCUCCUCGGCCGGGGGCGGCGGCGGAGGCAAGUUCAGCUUCAUCACGCUGGGCGCCCGCCGCAAGGAGAGGUCGCGACCCCGCGCCAACGCCCACCUGCAGAGCAGCGGCGCCAUCACCUGGGCCGUGGUGGCGCGCGACCUGGACCCCGCCAGCGUGGCGGCCACUAGUCCUACGAGUCCGGUGACGCCCGGGGAGUCGGCGUGCCUGCUGGUGGUGUCCAACGAGGCGGUGGGGCUGAUCGAGGAGGCCUCCAAGGAGGUGGUGUUUAAUUGCUACUGUCGGGAUGUGAUUGGCUGGAGCGCCUCUCCGCUGGGCCGGAUGAAGAUCUACCACGAGAGGGGCGCGUGCCUGGCCUUCACCAUGCAGGACAGCUGUGGAGACGAGGUCCGGGAGAUCGCUCACAGACUGGAGAUCGUGACGCGUGGCUGCGAGGCCAUGGAGAUGACCCUGCGCCGCAACGCGGUGGGCCAGCUGGGCUUCCACGUCAACUUCGAGGGCGUGGUGGCCGACGUGGAGCCCUUCGGCUUCGCCUGGCAGGCGGGACUCAGGCAGGGCUGCCGGCUGGUGGAGAUAUGCAAGGUGACGGUGGCCGCUCUCGGCCACGAGCAGAUCAUCGACCUGCUGAGGACCAGCUCCACGGUGACGGUGGUGGUGGUGCACCCACACGAAGACGGCACUCCACGCAGGGGCUGCUCCGAGUUGUACCGCUCCCUUCCCCUGGUGGAGUACAAGAUGGAGAGCGAGGCUGGCAUGCCGGUGCCCGUGUCCGUGCCCGUGCGUCAGAUGCCACCCUCGGCCAUGGGCACCCUGACCAGCGCUGCUGGGGUCGGGUGGCACCGCGCCCACCCCAUGUCGGCCGCCCAUCAGCAGAUGGCACGGACCUCGCCCACGCAGGCCCAGCAGGCUCCGUCCCCUAGCCAGCAGCAGCGGUUCCACUACGCCCAGGCGGCCAUCUCGCGGAGCACCUCCUUCGACAAGAAGUUCCAGGAUGGACAGAGAGUCCUGCAGGACUUUGAGGGCCCCCAAACCCCCGUGGGCACCAGGGACCCCGGCCAGAUGUACUGCAGCUCCCCCAGCAACCAGUCCACCUCCAGCGACCCCGGGCCCUGCGCGUCCUGGGGGCAGAAGAGUUACGACGGAAGCCAGUCUCCUGCCCUGCACGACCAGCCAGAGGAGAAGGAGGGACUGGACCGAGAGCCCAAGCUGGAGAGGACCCGAUCAGCUGAGGCCAAGUGGCACCUCCCCUCCACCAAGAUCUUGAACCCGGGACUGCAGAGGCAGGGGGCCAAGGAGUCCUCCAGGAAAUUCCCCCGGGCGCGUGAUAAGAGCUGCCCCAGCCACUGCUCCAGCCACUCCAGCAGCAACACCCUCUCCUCCAACGCCUCCUCCGCCUCCAGCAGCGACGGCGGCUGCGGCAGCGGGAGCGGAAGUGGCGGCGGCAGCGGCGGUGGCGGUGUCACCAGCGGCAGUGGUGGCGUAGUAGGGGGCGUUCCCACUGGCGGACCCCACCACGGCCACCACCACCACCACCACCACAGCAAGCACUUCGGCUCGGCUGACCCCAUGGACCCCGAGUCCCUGGGCCUCACUUACAUCAAGGGGGCGUCCACCGACAGCGGCAUCGACACGGCGCCGUGCAUGCCCCCACCUCCCCCGCCUCCACUUCCCCUGGCCAUGGGUGGUGGCGUUGGCGGUGGGCCUCGAGGUGUGAGCGGCGGUGGUGGGUCUGGAUUGCCAUGGACUGUGGAGUACCAUGAGGAAGGGGAUGAGGAGCUGGCGGAGGAGGAGGAGGAGGACGAGGGGGAUAAGCUGUACCUGCCCCCCCAGGGGUACCCGCACACCCCCAGCGCCGCCUCCACCCGGGGGGACACAGGCCACGCCACGGACGGCAGCACCGGGGACCUGAGCGAGAUCUCAUCACUCUCCAGUGGCUCUCGUCACUCCGGCAGCCCAUCCGAGCGCAGUGGCGGCGUUGGAGGCAUGAAGACCAGCAGUUCCAUGGACUCCUCCUCCUCCUCCAAGCUCUACAUCAUCUCCCCCACGGCCCCCGGCCCCGGCCCCCACAGAGGUGGUGGUGGUGGCGGUGGGGGCGGCGGCGGCGGCGGGGGCGGCGGCCACCCCUACGGGACCCAUGGCCAGCAGCACCAGAGGGACCUGAAGUGCCUGACGGGAUGGAAGAAGGGCCAGGAGGCCUCCGCUCUGGAGGAGCAGGCCAGUCCUACAGAUGGCUUGGUGUCUCUCCUUCUGAGAGCGCUCUUGCAGAAGGCCAGGCGUAUGUAUCUGACGGAGCCUAGCUGUGGAGGAGGGGAGGGGAAGCAGCAGCUCUCCAAGGAGGAGUUCCUACGCCUGCUGCUGCCCGACAGCCCCCCAGGCCCCGGGGGCCGACUCAAGUCUGCAAUAGGCCAGUCCCCCCACCACACGGGCCGCACGCUGUACCGCACGCUGUCGGACGAGAGCCUGUGCAGCAGCCACCGGAGGGCGUUGUCCCUGGCCAGCUCCCGCAGCUCCAUGCUGGACCAGGUGCUGCCGGCCGACAUCCUGUUUGGCAGCGCCGCCCCCUACCACAGCACGCUGCCGCCCCGCAUGACGCUGCGCAUGGCCCACGGACAACUCAAGAGUGACCUGUGGUACUCGGAUGGCUCGCUGGCGGACAAGGCGCGGCUGGCGGAGGCGGGGCUGAUGCCCUUACCUGACCCCGUGGGGGGGCUGGACUGGUCGCACCUGGUGGAUGCCGCGCGGGCCUUUGAAGACCAGAGCGCCCCGUCUCUGAGCUCCCUGAGUGAGGCUGAGCAGGCCAAGCAGGUGCUGGAGCUAUCCCCCGAACUCACCCGAAGCCUCCGCUCACGACGAGGACAGACCUCUACACUGGACUCAGGGGAUGGUUCCCCUACUUUACUCACUGGCAAAGUCAACCAGCUGGAGGUUAUACUCAGGCAGCUGCAGAGCGACCUCAGGAAGGAGCAGCAGGACAAGGCCAUGCUACAGGAGCAGGUGCAGCACCUGCGGCAGGACAACAUGCGCCUCCACGAGGAGAGCCAGACCGCCGCCGCACAGCUCAGGCGCUUCACAGAGUGGUUCCUGGAGUCCAUGGACAAGAACCAGUGAAGAGAAGAACCACUAUGGGAACCCUACCCAGUGAAAGAGGAACCACAGGGGGGGGGAUGUCAAUAUGGGACUCCCAAUAUGGAGGACCCCAUGAGGAUACAAACAGAACACAACAACAUAAAUCUACACCAGCCGACCUGGAACCGUCUUUAGAACCAGAUGGGUUAUUUCAUAUAGUGGUUCCCCCUGAAACCAUGGACAAGAAUCCCUGAAGGACCCUACACUGUCAAGGGGAUUUCAGAACUUGAUAACGAUGCACACAAAAACUACUGACAGGACAGUUUUUGGGAAUUCAGCUAUACAACUUUACCUAGUGACUCAUCGAGUCCAUUGAUAUGAACCCUUGAAUACAAUGUUUCAUGGGACUUCAGAAUGGAACCUUAUGGAGACACACCAACACUUUUCCCAAUUCAACAGUGGUCUGCUUGGAACCGUUUUCAGAACCAUACAUGCUACUUAAACAUGGAUUAUUCCCACACCACUAAACCCAAUAACAUCAUAAGGACCUCAGAAUUAGUACCUACUGCAUGGAUACACACACCACUUCCUGUAAUUCAACACGGACCUUUCUGGAACCCUUUUUGCAGGACCAGGUGGGUUUACUUCACUGAGUUGUUCCUUGAAUCCAUGGACAACAAUGCCAGACAAUGUCCAUACAAGGCUAAGGGGACCUUAGAAUGGGACCCCAUAAGAAUACACACAACAACAGCAUAAGUUUCUCAAGUGUAUCUAGAACCGUUUACCAGAACCAGAUGGGCUACUUUGCUAACAGGAUUAUUCUACUCCAUGGAUAACAAUCACUGAACGUUGCAGCAUUACUGCGACCUCAGACUGAGUCUCUGUAAGGAUGCACACAACAUCACGGCUAAUUAUUCGAACUAACCAACCUGGAACCUUUUUUUAGAAGUCUAUCCCUACACUCCAUGGACACAAAUUCCUGAAAGAAAGGGUGAUAUGGGCUGAGACCGGAAAACCAAAUCCCGUAAGGAUAGACAGAAUAGCAGUACACAUAACCUACACUUCCCUAUCCUGGAACUGUUUUUCAGAGCACCAACCGGGCUGCCUUCGAAAGGGGACUUCUUGCAUCCAUGGUUUAUAAGUUCCUGAUGGGACACUGGACCCCAAAUGCAUAUACACCAAUAAAGCGAAUAAUAAGCGCUACCGAGUACCGAUUGGACAACCUAAGCAAUGGGACAUACCUACAAGACCUUCCGAAAGACUGAUGUGGCAAUGCCAAAACAGCUGUACAUGGAAAACACACGUGGAGCACUAGCCUACAUGCUGUAGUUCUUACAAACCACACCUGGAAUUGCUUCACAGAUCCAGCUGGGAUACAUUAACAACCCAAUUCCUUGCUCCAUGGAUAGGUAGCCCUUGAAUCUACAGUAGUAGUACAGCGUUGGAAGAAGACACAACAACAUAAUACCAGACAUGACAUUUAACAAAAAAAAAGUUAAAAUCAUAACAAAAACAACUGCACCUGUCUAAACCAGCACCAUGUCACUGACUCAAAUGCCUUUUUCCCAUCCGGAGGAGUUUCAUGGAGAGGAACCCCUUUGAAUGGGCAGUGGACAAAAAGAAACGUCACAUUUCUAUAACACAAUGACAAUUACAAGUCAUUAAUGUUUGAAACAGAGCUAUGUUACUACUUAACACCCAUGUCAUGUCACUCCCGCACUUCUCCCAACUUUUAAACCCUUAAAGGUAAACACAGUGAUGCCACUUGUGUCUGGACUGUGAGACACAGUGAAGAGUCUAACACAACUUUGCAGUGUUAAUGCUACACUUUGAGAGCUGGAUCAACACUAAGGAUGUUUAAUUUGACUCUAAGUGUUGAAGUAUUUACUCAGUACUGCUGAUGUGGUUAUGUCGACCCAAACAACCUCCCUCCCACACACACACACACACACACACUUUCUCCUCUAUGCCCCCCACAAACACUCUCCACCCACCCUCCCACUCCCUACAGUGUUUGGAUGCGUAGGCUAACAUGCUAACACGCUAACACUGAGUCAACGAUGUGGACUUUUGGCGAGGCAGAGAGAAAUGUGAGCGAGUGAGGAGAGGGCAAAAACCGGAAGGGGAAUUUUAAAAAAAAUGGACGAACGAACUUUAAAGGGAUUGAACAAUGACUAUGAUGGACAAAUAACAAACGGUGUGCUUUUUCUUUGUGGAAAAACUGAGACAGUAUCUGCUUGCACUGCCAGGCACAAUGUUUUUUUUGAGACAAAUGAGGAGCGUGGAUACAAACAGAAGGAGAAGAAAAUGAAUGUAAUUGAAGAUAAAUAAAAAGUCAUAUUUUCUUGGGUGCCUCGCCAGCAUUUAAACCUGUUUUUUUUCCCUCUCAGAUAGACUCGAACCUUGAACCCAGAUGGAACUACGUACUACUGUAGACCGAUUUUUUUUUUGUUGAAACCCUGGGUUUUUGUUUUGGUCUCGACUUGUUCGUUGUUCGUUUUUCAUCCUUUCUGUGUGAUGGUUACGUUACAAGAGCCAGGUCAGGUCCUUUUUUACCGUUGGUUCAUUUCUGAGUUUCAUUUCUGGGUGCUUUCCUUGUGUAUGUGAACUUGUAUCUCUCUAUCUCUCCCUCCCUACCUCCCUCUGUCUCCCUCCAUCCUUCCCAUUCUCUUGUCCUUUACCUCCCCCCCUCCUUUCCCCAUCACCCUCUCUGUCUGUCUCUAUCGCUCUAUCUGUAAGUAGUUUUGUACAGUAAGAAAUUAAAACAUUGUGGAUCUUUUGAUCUUUUUUGGAGUUCUAGCAGCAAUAAUAAUUAUGGUAUGGUGCGUUUGUAGUCACAAAACUGUUUUUAUUUCCUGUAUGGUUAAAUAGCACUGACUGUGAUGAUGUUGUCAAAGAUGCAGUUGUACUCUGAUAUAUUUAUUUUGCAAAAGAAAAAAAAAUGAUGACGGAGAGAAAAAAAAAGAAAGAUUAAGUCCCCCAUCAUGUGUGCCUGAAUUGAACUGUGGUAUUGUGGCUGGAAACUAACCGGACUUUAUUCUAUCUUUUCUCUCUUUCUCUCUUUCUCUCUCUCUCUCUCUCUCUCUCUCUCUCUCUCUCUCUCCACUCCUUGUCUCACUUCUUUGUCUUCGUCUCCUCUCCUCUCUACUUUACUCUUUGUCCUUUUGCGCCACAUAUCCUACCCUAUGUGUGUACAGUUUUAGCCUACUUCGGGGUGUCAGCUUGAACCUUUUUCUCCUCCUCUUUUCUGUCUCUCUAUCCCUCCCUCCCUCCCCAAUGAAAACCUAUUCUUACCAUGGUCAACCCAGUGUGCAUUGAGGUGUAACAGACCCACAAGUCACCUCAGUCCAAUGCCAAAAUGUUGUCAAUGUUGUCUGUGUAAAGUACCUCAGAGAAAAGACAAAGACAAAACAUGAAAGAAAACUAAAGUCAAGUUAAGUCAAGUGUCUUUUUUUACGAAGCACUCUUAUUUAAGCUUAUUUAACCCCAGUCGUACAGUACAUAAUUCCUACCCCUCAUUGAAUAAAAACAAGGAUAUUAAUUAAUUGUUCAGCAUUUGGCUGCAUUAUGUAUAGAACCAGACCCCAAAUGAGAGACUUAAAUAUAUAUGGAGAAAAAAAAAACUUAUAGCUGAUUCCUGGGUACUGCUCAUGGUGUUUUUUGGAUGCUGCUAGACAUUGAGAUUCUGUUCUUCUUUUCUUUUUUUAAAGGCCUUGGCAAAUAAUGUUUUGUUUUGUUUGUUUAAGAUGGGACACUAAAAGUUAUUUUAUUGUUUUUUUUCUUUUUCUUUUUAAAAUAAAAUUUAGGAUGUGGA